AUGUCAGUUGCCCCCCCCUCCCCAAUCGAUGUGAUGGUGUCCCACCCAGCGCUUCUUUACUUGGGUUGGCCGAUGGUCCACACCCGCAAUUGCAACCCUCAGUACAAACUUACACACACUCACAAUAUUAACCAGCUUAACACUUUUAAGUACAGCCAACUGCACAUGUAUAGCCACACUCACAAUCAUACCCGCCAUCACGACCAUAAGCAUCAUAACCACCCUCGCACUAAUCAUGUCAAUCCUCAUCAUAGACGACAUCACAACCACCAUCACACGCCUAUUCACAACUGUCAUUUUAACUAUCAACACAUUCACAACAUUCAUCAUCAUUCGGACCAUCAUCACAGCCCCCAUUCAACCCACUAUUUCACCCUUCCCGACCACAACCAACCUCUUAAUAACCCUCCCCCUGAAGAUGGCAACGCUCAAUAA